GUGUGACAGCUCCCCUUCGCAGCGAGGGAGAGAAUGAGAAUAGUGGAUGUAGUUUGUACAGCGCGGCAACAGAGAAGUCACUUCAAAAGAUUUUGACAUGAAGAAGGACAUAGACACAUUAAUAGCAGAAGAACGGGCUGAAAUCAUCUCUAAAUAUGACAAGGGCAGGCAGGAGGGUGUCAGUAUUGAUCCGUGGGAGGAUGCUGACUACAGCAUUUAUAAAAUCACAGACCGCUUUGGCUUCCUGCAUGAGGAAGAGCUUCCAACACCAAGUGUGCUUGAAGAAAAGCAAAAGCAGCAGGAGCUCGAGCGAGUUGAGAAAUGGCUGAAGAUGGUGAAGAAAUGGGACAAAUACAAGAGCAGUGAAAAGCUGGCGAAGCGUGUAUAUAAAGGUAUUCCUCUCCAACUUAGAGGACAAGCUUGGGCCUUGCUUUUAGACAUAGAGAAGGUGAAACAAGAUGGUAAAUAUGAGAAAAUGAAGCAGCAGGCUCGUAACUUCUCCACAGAAAUUAAGCAGAUAGACUUGGAUGUUAACAGAACCUUCAGGAACCACAUCAUGUUCAUGGAUCGCUUUGGAGUCAAGCAACAGGCGCUGUUUCACGUACUAGCUGCUUACUCUGUCUACAACACGGAGGUGAGCUACUGCCAGGGGAUGAGUCAGAUCGCUGCCAUCUUGCUCAUGUACCUGAAUGAGGAGGAUGCCUUCUGGGCUCUGUCCCAACUCCUUACCGACAACAAGCAUUCCAUGCACGGGUUCUUCAUCCCGGGAUUUCCCAAGCUGCACCGUUUCCAGGCUCAUCAUGAGCUAAUCCUGUCCAAAAUGCUGCCUAAGCUCAAGAAACACCUGGACAAGGAGCAGAUGACAACAGGGAUUUACACCACAAAAUGGUUUCUGCAGUGCUUCAUUGAAAGAACACCUUUCACCCUCACCCUGCGUUUAUGGGACAUCUACAUAUUGGAAGGGGAGAAGAUGCUAUCUGCUAUGGCUUACACUAUCCUCAAGUUACACAAAAAGCGCCUGCAGAAACUUCAGUUAGAGGACCUGAGAGAAUUUCUUCAGGAGCAGCUGGCUGCUUCUUUCUUCAUGCCUGAUGAUGCUGUAGUUGAACAGUUGCAGACAGCAAUGACUGAACUACGCAGUAAAAAGCUGGACCAACCUCCUCCAGCCAAGUCAGAUGAGUUACCCAAGAAGCCUCUGGGUCAAGAGAGACCAGUUCUCCUUCUCCCAUUGCAGCCUGACUCUUCUGUGAAGGUCAAAAUAAGUCCGCAGUCUGAGAGCCAGCCCAGUACAGAUACCCAGGAAACAGUUGGCAUCACCCCACAUCAGCCUCCCUCCCUUGAAGAGCCCCAGGAAUCAAGAAGCCUCUCCAGGCCAAACACACCUACUUUGCCUUCACCAGACCCUGUUGUGGUUCACACACAAGGGACACCAUCUUCUCUGAGGCCUUGUCAAAAUCCUCCGAUCCCUCCAAAAGUAGGGGUAAGGAGAGAUGUUAAGGAAUUGUUCCCAGCAGUUAGUCAAGAGAGGGGCAACGAGGAAAACGAGACCUCAGUCACAGAGAUCCAAGAAGAACCUGUGGAUUGGCCUCCACCCUAUGAGCCCCCUCCCUUGGAUAUGCAUACAAUGGAAGCUGAGGAGGAAAUCAUGGAUCUCCCUGAUCUACCACCUCCACCUUUCAUUUUCCCUAACCAGAUUGACCAAAUGCCACUGGGAGGUUGUUCGCCCCAUCUGGGAGCUAGGACUGGCCCGGGUAUCCAGCAGUGCUCUCACUCCCCCCGCUCAGCCUCACCACUGGUCAAUCAAAUUAAGCUAUCCCCAAAACUAUACCCUAAACCUCCGACAUCACUUGACAUUUUGCAGAAAAAAUCUUUGCCCUCAAAACCCUCCCCCAAUCGUGCCUUCACAGAUUCGUCUUCCUCUCCCAGAAUUCCCCCAAAGCCAACCAAGUUCCCAGUCUCUCUAUACGUCCCGGUAUCUGCAGGAGAUAGACGGCCUUCUAACACCUCACAGUAUGACAACCUUUCGGAGGUUGAUGAAGAUGACCGUAAUCUAGAAAGAGUGCUGAGCUCCACUCCUGAGGAAAUUCCUAGCCUGCACAACAACCCAUCAUACAACAGAGAAUAUGACCCUGCUGUGUACCCUCUGCCUCCACCUCCUGUCUACAUGCAUCACUCUGCUUCCCCUCCCUCACUAUGUGCCCUUCCCAGUUUGCCACAAGAACCAGAAUAUGUAGGAGAGGGCAGUUGGGUGGAGGAUCCUAUCCUUGCCCCUCCUCCACCUAGUUUUGCCGACAGACUUAGUCCCCUCCAAUGCACCACUGCCAGCUGUUCAGACCCGCACAAAGCCAUGUCACCCGGUUAUUCUAAGCCUUUCUCCAGGGGCCCCAGAGACCAUUCUGCCUUCCCAGCACCGCUGUUGUACACCGGGUCACCUCCGACUCACUUAAGAUCCUCAGGACAGUCAGAAGUAGGAGUAGCUUUGGUCCAGUCCAGUCCAGACUUUUGCAGGGUGCCUCAAAGUGGACAUCAGUUGCCCAAGUCGGUGACAUUUUAAAGUGUUAUACAAAUGUUACUGAGUUAUUGAUUUUGACAAUAUGCUUGGGAUUCUCUGUUACUGCUUGUCUAGUUUUCAAAGACAUUUUCAAGGUGAAAGGCCAGUAAGUUUUAAAUUUGUUGUGUGUGUGCUCACGUGUGCUCAUAUGCUCAUGCUUCGUGUAUUAGAUUCUUGCACCUUCUUUUAUGGGCAGUGGUGUCAAAUUUGUAUUUAAAUUCUGUUGGCUGCACAGAAAAAGUGUUAACUUGCCUGCUCUUGUUGUCAUGUGAGAAAAUGAGGUUUCAGUUUUUUGGAUUGUAAUAAGAAAUUUUCAGACUGUUUGUCCAUACAACCUGCGCAUUUCACCAUUGGUUUGUUUCUCUCUGUUUAACAGUGUCCCAACAAAGUGUCUUAACCUUAUCAUUGUGCACUGAGGGUUGCAACUCUAACACAAGGGCUUUGAGGCUGCCAAAUGAGACCUUGCAACCAAAGCCUGUACAUUUAUGCUGAAUUUAUAUCAAACUGUGAGCAGGCUCACAUAUCUAACAGUAUAUCAAACUGUAAUGAGAAACUGUUAUUAUUCUUUACAGAAUUUUUAGGUCAGUACUUGAUUUAAAAAAGGACCACUAAUGCAGUGCACAGGCAAACCUUUCAGAGAGUUUAAAGCUGUAUCCACCAGCAGCAAUAUGAAACGAUGUGAUACUUCUCUGCUUUAAAUACUGAAGUUUAUAUCACAUGAAGCCUGGUCAGGUCAGCUAUUUCCCAGGCAGGUAGCAGUGGGUACUUUGUUUGUCUUUUUAAUUUCUUUGUUUGGAUGCUUUUGUUUUUCAAAGUAAUAGUUCCAGUGUUAUCUGUUUGUCUAAUACUUGAUCUCACAGCAAUAAUGUACUGUGUAUAUAAACAUGCAUGUAUCAAAUUUAAUUAAGGAAAGACUAAAAUGAGGUUUUAUUCCAUCACAUCAGCAGUUUCUCAGUAAAAUCCAUUGACACUUAUUUGAGAGUAGCGCCAUCUAGUGUUCAGUGGUAGAAUAGAUUCAAAGACCGAGAUGCUUUUUGGGAAACUACUUCUGCUUGUUAAUAGUUCUUCCUUUUAUUCUUGGUUAUGAAUGUGCACAUAUUCAGAGACUUAUACAUGAGCAAAUCCCAUAUCUCACUGUUUAAAACUGAUAUAAACCAGGAAGAAAAAUUCAUCUGAGUUUCUUCACAUACUUUAGAGCUAUUGGUGACUUUAGUGUUUUAUUUAAUUGCUAUAAGGACUUUUUUUUUUUUUUUUGAGAAAUGGAAGUUGAGCCAUAAUAUAAAAUACAAGGAACUACUGUAUAGUCAAACAUGUUUAUGUUCUUACAAUUAUGACAUUGUAUGUAAACAUCAGUUUUGGGUUUUGUUUUGUUUUUUUGCACUGACAUUUGUUAUUACAGACUUUGCUGUUCUUAAUGGGUUUUUUUUAUUUUUUUUUAUGGAAUUACAAAUUAGUGCUAAAGUCUUUGGUCUAGGUUUGCAGACUCACUGUACAUUCUUGUCUAACAACUUGGACCUUAGCUCCCACACAAGUAUAUUUUGGCUUGCUGGAGUAUUCUGUCAUGUGACCUGCCCACCAAUUGUGGAUCAGUACUCCUUUUAUGGAUCUGUUUGGCAUCAGUGAGAUUUGGGCUCAGACCAAAGCUUUUGUGCAGUUAUGCAACUAUGAGUUUUAUAAAGAGACAAACCCGG